AUGACCGAGUAUAAAUUGGUGGUGGUUGGAGCUGGAGGCGUUGGCAAAAGUGCAUUGACCAUUCAACUCAUCCAGAAUCACUUUGUGGAUGAAUACGACCCAACAAUCGAGGACUCGUACCGGAAGCAGGUAGUGAUUGAUGGAGAGACGUGUUUGCUUGACAUCUUGGACACUGCAGGUCAGGAGGAGUACAGUGCGAUGAGGGACCAGUAUAUGAGAACGGGGGAGGGUUUCCUCUGUGUCUUUGCCAUCAACAACACCAAGUCAUUCGAGGACGUUCAUCUCUACAGGGAGCAGAUAAACCGCGUUAAGGACAGCGACAACGUGCCGAUGGUGCUCGUUGGGAACAAGAGCGACCUGAGCACUCGUACCGUUGAGACGCGGCAGGCCCAGGAACUGGCCAGAGGUUACGGGAUCCCGUUCGUCGAGACCUCCGCCAAGACCCGUCAGGGAGUGGAGGAGGCCUUUUACUCGCUAGUGCGGGAAAUCAGAAGAUACAAGGAGACCAACCGCAGUAAUAAGAAGAGCAAGAAACACACACAGCGACGCUGCGCGAUUUUAUAGCCACGUUCAGACUCUCUGUGUUACCAGGCUGCCCAGCACGCUGUUGUAGCAAUACGCUCGCAUACUGUCCUUUUGUAACACACACACGCACACACACGCACGCACACGCACACGCGCACACACACACACACA